AUGUCUUACUGUUUACCGUUGCCUGAUUUGUCCCAUGAAGGACCAUCUCCUGAAGGAGCAGCAUUAUUCGACCUUGGCAAGUUCUUUGGUCAAGGUAGUAAUCCUGGUGCUAGUGGUACUAGUGGUACUAGUGAGGGCGAAGCCGUUUCAUUAUCGUCAGUAGUGGCAGCUUACAUCAAUACAGUAGAGAAUCCAUUUGCUUAUGCACCUAAAGCUACACUGUGUCCCCUUGGGAAACCUUGGGCGAGAAAAGCUGGUUCUCUAGGAGAUGCUGAAAAGUCCUACGUUAGUCAAAGACAAGCUAAGACUAACGUGGCAUUAGUAGAAUUCUUAGAUCUGUGCAAUAUGAAAGGAUUCAAUGCAUCAGCUUUUGUUUCAAAUAUAUCCAUCUCCAGAAACCUCACCAUCGCUCUAGCUGUUAGUGGAGGUAGUUAUAGAACACAGUUUGUUGGAGCAGGUAACUUGCUUGCAACAGACAACAGAUAUGAUAGAGCCAAGUUGGAUGGUCUUGGUGGGUUAAUGCAAGCAAGUACUUAUGUCACUUCUUUAUCUGGAGGCAGUUGGUUGGUGGGCUCCUUAGCAUGCAACGAUUGGAUUCCGGUUAACAAGAUCGUAGAUGGUACUUACAAAUUAUGGGAUGUAUCUACGACGUUUCUCGCGCCUAGAGGGUUGUUAAAUGUAUUGGGAAACACCAUAACGUAUGCCGACAUGAUUUUAGCAAUCAAAUCCAAAUUGUUCGCUGGUUUCGCAACAUCAUUUGUGGACGUAUGGGGUCGAUUACUUUCUACGCAAAUGUUCACCGAUAAAAAAUAUGGGAUAAGUUUCAAAUGGUCAGAUGUGACGUUAUUGUCGCUGUUUGUUAGCCAUGAUAUGCCCUUUCCAAUCAUGGUCUCCGCGGGUAGAGAUCCUGGUACUUAUGUCAUUAACACCAACUCCACGGUCUAUGAAUUCUCGCCUUAUGAUUUCGCAUCAUGGGACCCAGCUAUUAAUAGUCUUAUCGAUACCCCAUACCUCGGUUCAAGAGUGGUAGGCGGAACCCCAGUUUCUUGUUACCAGAACUUUGAUAACGCUGGAUUUAUGAUAGGCACUAGUUCGUCCGUGUUUGCGGUUCUUCUUCUGGAUAUCAAUAAAAACACUCUGAUUCCCAAAUUCAUUGUUAACUUAAUCAAUGGUGUCUAUACAUUCCUCUCUUUGCGACAAGAUGUUGCGAUCAUUCCUAAUCCAUUCCGCGGUGUUACCAAUGGGAAUAACGCAGCUAUUAGACAAGCUCGUGACCUCAACUUGGUUGAUGGUGGUGUUGACGGCCAAAACAUUCCAUUCAGUCCCUUGAUCCAUCCAGCAAGACAGGUCGAUAUAAUCUUUGCAUACGAUAAUAGUGCUGACACCAAGGACCAUUGGCCAGAUGGAUCUGCUAUGGUUAACACUUAUCUUAGACAAUUUUCCAGUGUUGGAAGAAAUAUCAUGUUCCCUCCAGUCCCCAGUAACGAAGACUUUUUGGCUCAAGGCUUAACCCAAAAGCAAGUAUUCUUUGGUUGUUAUGCAUCAGAGUUGGAUUACAUCGUUGAUGCUCAUAAAGAUUUGAAUAUUAAAGACACAGACAUUCCACUUAUUGUGUACACACCUAAUCGCAAAUACAGUUACAGUUCAAAUACUGACACAUACCAAUUGCAAUAUCCAGAGGAACAAAGAGAUGCCAUGAUUGAUAAUGGUUUUGAUAUUGCGGCAAACUUUGUUGACUCUGAGUUCCGCAAGUGUGUUGGGUGUGCAAUCAUUAGAAGAACACAGGAGAGGAAUGGUACUCCCCAAAGUGAAGAAUGUAAGGCAUGUUUCGAUAGAUAUUGCUGGAGAGGUCAAGCUGCUACCAGCAUUUAA